UACGUCACUUUGAGCGCGGGGUUUGUUGUUGGCGGAACUUAUUUCUUUUACAGCUCUUAUCUUGCAUUUUUUGACAGUUUUUUGCACUUUAUUUGACAUGUAUUACGUAUUUUACGAUCAAAACAGUAACGCAAAUGUGUAACCAUUUGUGGACGUGUUUUUAAGACGUUAAUUUCGGGAUAUUUGCACUUUUAAAUCGACAGAAACGAUGGAGGUAGUUCCUGUUCACACUGAAACCAUCAUCAGCACAGAGGAAUGCCUCAAACCUGAACGAACAAACAGGAGAAGUAAAGUUUCAAGAGAUGUAGAAACAGACAUUGAGCUCCUUUACAAAGCUGUUCCUCAAAUUGGGAAAGUGUUCCGCAUCAUUGAUAAAAUUGGAGAAGGUACCUUUAGCUCCGUUUACCUGGGAGAGGCCCAGAUGCAUGAUAGGAGUCGACAGAAAUUUGCCCUCAAACAUCUGAUUCCCACAAGCCACCCGACGCGGAUCGCUGCAGAGCUCCAAUGCCUCACCGUUGCCGGAGGCAGAGAGAAUGUGAUGGGAGUGACGUACUGUUUCAGAAAAGAGGAUCAUGUGGUGAUCGUGAUGCCCUACCUGGAGCACAGAGCCAUAGUGGACAUCAUCAGCUCUCUCAGCUUUGAGGAAGUCCGUCUCUACAUCUACAACCUGCUCAGAGCUCUGAAGCACAUUCACCAAUUUGGGAUCAUCCACCGAGACAUAAAACCAAACAACUUCCUCUACAACAGGAAGACCAAAGAAUACGCCCUGGUAGACUUUGGCCUGGCACAGGGCACUGCGGACACACAGAUCGACCUCCUGAAGGACUUAUCAGGCCUUCGUAAAGUGCAGCGGCCGGUGUUUGGAGAGAGGAACAUGAACAGCUGUACCCUGGUCUCUGCCACCACCAAAGCCUCAUCUGCUCAAACUGAAUUGGUGAAGGUUGUAAAAGCAGAGGACCCAGCCAAUCGCAGGUACUCGUCGACUGGCCGUGGCUCCUCCCUCAAGACUCAGGGAGCCAAUCAGAAGCCUCAGAGAGCUGUGCCUCUCAGUGCUACCUGUAGCUGCUACAAUACUGACCGCGUCUGUAACAUUUGUUUGUCCAGAAAGCAGCAGAUCGCUCCUCGGGCUGGGACUCCAGGCUUCAGGGCUCCAGAGGUCCUCACCAAGUGUCCAAACCAAGGCACAGCCAUAGACGUGUGGUCGGCUGGGGUGAUCCUGCUGUCUCUGCUCAGCGGGAGGUAUCCGUUCUUUAAAGCCAGCGACGACCUCAUCGCUCUGAGUCAGAUCAUGACCAUACGUGGAUCCAGAGAGACCAUCCAGGCAGCCAAAGCAUUCGGUAAAUCCAUAGUAUGUAGCCGGGAGCUGCCUCGUCAGGACCUCCGAGUGCUGUGUGAGACGCUCAGAGCGCGCAGACCGUCCCCUGAUGACGAUGAUGUCACACCUCUGCCUCAACACAAUGGCGCCAUCUCCCGAAAACCAUCAAUACCAGAAGACACGCCCACUCACCGCCCCGCAAUCAAACAAGAGGACAGUUAUGAGCACACGCCUCUGCACACGGAGCGCACAGAGGCGGUUACCAUGGAGACGGAGAAGGAAGAGGAGGGGGGAUGGGGCAGGGUUCCAGAUGAGGCGUACGACCUUCUGGACAGACUGUUGGAGCUGAAUCCUGCCACAAGGAUCACAGCGGCAGAUGCACUCACACACCCACUGUUUACAGAUCUGAGACCGCUAACCUGAGGGACUGGUGUGAAUGACGGCUGAGAUCACUGACUUGAGACGUGUCAUAAGUGGACAAGCUAGUGCUUUAGUAGAGGUUUACAAUUUAAACUGAAGUAACUAGAAACAAUAUUCUUAAUUGACAUGCAUAUUAGGGCUGCACAAUACAUCACAAAAGUAUUGACAUUCCAGUUUUGGCAAAUGCACCUAUCAGUAUCACAACACCGAAGAUUGAGCUGAGAAAAUAUUGGCGUUUUAAUAGAAAAUGUACAAAAAUGCAGAUAAUGGGUUUCCUUAAAAGUGCACUAUGUAACUUUUCUGAUGCCGGGUCCUCCACCUAACCGUUUUCACAGAGAUGUUGCCAUUUCUCCAUACAGACAAAUAAAUGAGGUUACCAGGCCAAGUUAAAAGCCAGAUCUGGGGAGGCGAGCCCAGAGUUUAAUGCCAUACUGUGGAACAUUCUAGGCAAAACAAUAACUCCAACUAGUACUGUGUAUUUUUUAUAAAUCCUAAAUUAACUUCAGUACACACAAUAAAAGUCUAAUCUUGUGCAGCCCUAAUACAUUCACAGUUGACCAGUCAGGCUUCAAUCCUUGUCAGAAACAGCACCAGGGGUUGGUCGACUCAAAUCUUAACGCUGGCUAAGAGAAUUGGAGAAAAGGGUCAGUUGUUAAAGAGAGGUGAAAUUCCUCUUCAGAGCUGGACAUGCCUCUGCCCCUGAGACCUGAGACCUGCUGCUGGUACAGUCACCAAACUGGAUUUAUUUACAAUUACCUCUUUCUGUAGGCUUCCCCCUCCUGCCAUCCCCCUUACUCCACCAAAAACAUAAUUAUAUUCCAGCUCAAAUAAUAAUUAGGACAUUAACUAAAAAAGUCAAAGCUUUAAAUGGCCUUUACAACACUCUUUACUUAUACGCUGGUCUUACUUCUAGUGUACCUAUCACAUAACAUUGAUUAACUUUGAAAUGAUAAGCUUUUUUCAAUGUUACAGACUUUUCUAAUAAACAGAUGUUUCAAAAUCC